AUGUCUACAGCACGCCGCGAUAGGUUGUUGGGCAUCGAGGCCGCAGCGCAGGAACGCUGGGCACGGGAGAAAUUGCAUGAACAGAACGCCCCCUUGAAGGGUGAACCAGUUCCAAGCAAGUUCUUCGUCACCUUUCCGUACCCGUACAUGAACGGACGUCUGCACCUUGGCCACGCGUUUUCGCUGACAAAAAGUGAAUUUGCAUCUCGCUUCUGGCGAAUGAAGGGGCGUCGCUCCCUCUGGCCGUUCGGGUUGCAUGUCACCGGCACCCCCAUCGCGGCCUGUGCGCAGAAAAUCAAGAAGGAGAUUGAGUUGUACGGCAACCCACCACAAUUUCCCGAAGAGGUGGAGUCGCCAAAGGAGGAGAUAAAGGACGAGGUUGCCGCCAUUGGUCAAUAUAAGGGGAAGCGCGGGAAGGCGGCCGCCCCCAAACCACAGUGGGUUAUUAUGCGCACUAUGGGCAUCCCCGAUGAAGAAAUUACAAAGUUUGCCGAUCCACUUUAUUGGCUGGAUUACUUUCCGCCAAUUGCGGUGGAAGACUUGAAACGAUUUGGCUGUCACAUUGACUUUCGUCGCUCGUUUAUUACAACGGACCGCAAUCCAUACUACGACCGCUUUGUUUCAUGGCAGUUUCGUCAGUUGAAGAGGGCAAAUCUUCUUGCGUUUGGUAAGCGAUACUGCGUGUACUCACCACUGGACGGCCAGCCCUGUGCCGAUCACGAUCGGGCAAGUGGCGAGGGUGCUUUGCCACAGGAAUAUACAGUGGUGAAACUGAAGGUACAAAAUGCAACAGAGCAUCCUGCGUUUGCAAACUUCAGCAAUAUUAUAGGUGAUCGUGCAGUUAUCAUGCCUGCAGCAACGCUGCGUGCGGAAACUGUAUGUGGUGCGACAAACUGUUGGGUUUCUCCGAAUUUCAGUUACAAGGCGUUUGCCGUCCAGAACAAAACCGGUGAGGAGGAAAUUUUUAUGAUCACAUCACGUGCUGCACGGAAUAUGGCGUACCAAGACUUUGUCAUCAACGGCAAGACUGGCACAGACCCUGCCCCCUUGUUUGAGGUGGAUGGGGCGAAGCUUGUGGGGUUGCCCCUCUCCUCCCCACUCUGCGCCUACCCCACCAUUUACACAUUACCCAUGCAAACCAUUACAGAUGCAAAAGGCACCGGUGUGGUCAUGAGUGUCCCCUCCGAUAGCCCUGAUGAUUAUAUCAAUUUUACGCAGCUUAAAAAGAAGCCAGACUAUCGUGCCAAACUGGGCAUUAAAGAUGAAUGGGUGAAUUUUGAAAUUGUUCCACUGAUUGAAAUACCUGGAGAAAUGGGUUGUGAGAGUGCCAAGUAUAUGUGUGAAAAGCUGAAGAUUAAUGGACCCCAGGCCACAGAUCUUUUGGAGGAAGCCAAGAAGGCUGUCUACCAGGCGGGUUUUUAUCAAGGCGUCAUGAUUGCUGGCCCCUUCGCAGGCGACAAGGUCGCUAUCGCCAAGGUGAAGACAAUGCAACUGCUGGCCGAGGAAGAUUCCGCAAUUCGCUAUUAUGAACCUGCCCGUCUUGUCAUAAGCCGAUCUGGUGACGAGUGUGUCGUGGCAUUAUGUGAUCAGUGGUACAUUGAAUACGGAAAGGAUGAGUGGAAGAAGGCGGUGGUGAAACACCUUGAGGAUAUGAAUAUGUUCUUUCCCGGGGUUCGCAAUGGUUUCGAGGAAACGCUGAAUUGGCUUGCGGACUGGCCGUGUAGCCGUACCCUUGGCUUGGGCACGAAACUACCGUGCGAUGCGAGUGGGACAAUGUUGAUUGAUAGCUUGAGUGACUCAACCAUUUACAUGGCGUACUACACCAUUGCCCACCUUAUUCAUACCUCGCCUGAGGGGAAACACCGGCUUGAUGGACGUCAGGAAAACGUAUUGGGUGCCACACCCGAGAUGUUUACCGAUGAGACCUUUGACUAUGUAUUCCUUGGUAAGGGCACGCCAGAGAGCGUUCAUGCGGUCAACGGGCUCCCGGUUGAGGCGGCAGAAAAGAUGCGGCAAGAGUUUAACUUUUGGUACCCAGUGGACCUCCGCUGCUCUGCGAAGGAUCUCAUCCAAAAUCACCUGACAAUGUUCCUCUACAACCACGCAGCCAUUUGGCCGAAUGACACAAGCAAGUGGCCACGAGCCAUCUUCGCCAACGGCCACAUUCAGGUGGAUAACGAGAAGAUGUCCAAGUCAAAAGGCAAUUUUCUGACCCUUGCAGAGACGAUCGACUUGUAUGGCAGUGACGCCACACGCCUUGCCUGCGCUGAUGCAGGCGAUAGCCUUGACGACGCGAACUUUGUUCGUGAAACCGCCGCCGGGUUUGUUCUCAAGUUAACCACCGCAAUGGAUGGGGCGCAGGAGCUGCUGUGUAAGAAAAACACAUUGCGUAGCGGGGAAUACAACAUCUUUGACAAGAUAUUUAACAACUCCAUCAACGCUAUCAUUCUGCAAACGGAGAAAUUCUAUGUGGGUAUGCAGUUCCGUGGCGUGCUCAACCUUGCAUUUUUUGAACUGUCGAACGAAUUCAGUCAAUAUAAGUUGAAUUGCGACGAUCUUCAGAUACAUGCAGACCUUGCUCAACGAUAUGUUGAGGUCCAGACGCUCCUGUUGGCCCCAUUGGCCCCGCACUUUUCAGAGUACAUGUGGACGAAUGUGUUGGGCCACACCACAUCGGUUGUCUGCGCACCAUUCCCUGAGCCAACAGCUCCGGUGGCGUACGCCACGCUGGUUGCAAGUCGUGUCAUGACAGAUGUUGUGAAGGAGAUUCGCUCGCAGGUGGUGAAGGCCCAGAAAAAGCGCGGUCCUAUCGAGGAGGUCUUUGUCUACACUGCCGCGAACUACUCCGCAUGGCAAAUUAAGGCACUGCGACUGUUGCGUGAUGUGUAUGAGGCACAUGGGAAAUCCUUUCCUGCGAACCUUUCGAGGGAAGUAAUGUCGCGCAAAGAGGACUGGAUGACGAAAGACAUCCUCCCUGACGUCAUGGCGUUCCUGUCGUUCACCAAGAUCAACGUGGAGCGAUGUGGCGAGGAGGCGCUGGCGGACGCACCCGCCAUUAACGAUGCGGAGGUCCUGCAAAGCGUCCUUCCCAACAUCUGCAAGCUGUCCGGUGUGCCGGCGGUGCACAUUCUUGCCCACGACGACGAGAGCUACCCGGAGCACCAGGCAGCGCGGCGCAAGUGCCGCCCUGGCGAACCCGUCGUCGUGCUCCCCGCGAAGAAGAAGUAG